AUGUUCGCCCCCGCCCUCUCCCGCCCCCUGGGCGUCUUCCCUCCGCCCGGAGUUAUCCCUCCCCUUGGGUCCUUCUCUUCGUCGCCUGCUUCUUCUCCUCCUUCGUCGGGUCUGUUGCCCUACGGGGCCUUGGCGCCGUCUGGAGUCCUCCCAUCGUCGGGGGCUUUCCCUCCGUCAGGUGCCUUGCCUCCCCCAGGGGCCUACCCUCCCCCGGUGCUUUGCCUCCCCCAGGGGCCUAACCCUCCCCCUGGUGCUUUGCCUCCCCCAGGGGCCUACCCUCCCCCCGGUGCUUUGCCUCCUCCUGGGUCCCGCCGGCUCUGCGAAGCCUUCUGGUUCCAAGUCUUCCUCGGCCUCUGGUGGCGGCAUGGCCCAAGACAGCUUUAUGCCCGGGGUGGCAUGGGCAGUUUUAUGCCUAGUGGCAUGGGUUCUGGGAGCAUGGGCAGUUUUAUGCCAAGUGGCAUGGGCUCUGGCGGUAUGGGCAGCUUCAUGCCCAGUGGCAUGGGCUCUGGAGGCAGCUUCAUGCCCAGUGGCAUGGGCGCAGGCGGUGCAAGCAGCUUCAUGCCCGGCGGCGCUGCUUCUGGUGGCUCGGGCGCCAGUGGGUCUAUGGGCGAACCAACCAUGUCUCCAGCUGUGGCCAAACUGGUAGCCAAAUAUAAUCGGCUGCGACUAACUUCAUGGAAUGGGAGCCGCUUAAAUUCACUUGUUCUUGACCUGGACUGUGGUUCCCUUGUGGUUCCCUUCCCUUCUACAUCGCCGUCUUCAGCAAUUUACCACACGCUAGUCUCCCAUAACCCGAAGGAACUGUUUUAA